UGCGCUGCAGGGGCUGCUUCGUGGUCGUCGGGUCUCGUCUCGUCUGGUCUCGGCGGGGCUCGCUGGCGUUCAAGAGGAGAGGCCAGCACGGGCGGUCCAUUUAUUGUUCGCGACCGAGGAUUGACGAGCAGCAGAAACGCAGGGCGGAAUCGCAAUUUUGUAGGUGGGCUCCUUAAUUGUGCGUUAAGUUUAGUCGUCGGUUGGGUUCGAUCGAAUAAUCGAAGCGAAGCGAGGCGAGAGCGCGCGCACUCUCCAGUGUCUCUCGUCUCUUGUCUCUCAUCUCUCGUCUCCUCUCGACUGCACGAGAUGGAAAGCGGGCGGAGAUCCGAGCGAGGAGGGGCAGCGUGCAAGUAUUAAGCCCCGACGGUGGGCACGAAUGCGGCCACGGGGAAAGUGAAAGCGAAAGCGAAAGUAGGCGGGUCGAUCCGCAAGCGCAGAGAAGCGGUGUGACAGGUCGAGAGGCAGCCACACAGACGGGCGCACGCACAGUCGCAGAGGGAGGACGGGGAGGGAGUGCGAGGGCGGAGGACGAGGACGAGGAAGAAGAAGAGGAAGAGAGGAGAGGAGGGUGAGUAGGGAUUCGACGAGAUGGAGAGUCAGGGGAGUUUGGCGCUGAUGUGGAACGAGUCUCCGCUUUUAUGGAGGUCGGUGUAUGUGUUCAUCGCGGUGUAUUUGUUCGGGUACUUCGUGGUGUUCAGGAACUGGAAGGGCAGGCCGAGGUACGAUGCAGCGAGUUGCGGCAUCUCGCUGCUGCACGGGACGCUGGUGGCAGUUCUGGCAGCGCGGGACCUGUGGACGGCGGAAUGGAAGCUUGAUGCGCCCAACACCGACAUGCAGAACAAGAUCAUGGAGUACAGCAUGGCCUACUUCAUCGUGGACCUGAUCAAUUACAUGUACGCCGCGCCCGACGACUUCCUCUUCAUCGGGCACCACAUCGCCACCUUCACCUACAUGUACACCUGCCACUACAUCACGGGCCAUGGUGCCACCUCCGUCAUGUGCCUCAUUGCCGCCGGCGAGGCCACCAGCCCCGUGCAGAAUGUCUGGACUCUCGCAAGAAUGGCUCGCGCCGACUCUCCGCGCGCCAAGCGCAUCUACACCUCGCUCUCCCCGUUCUUCACCUUCUACUUCACUCUCGUGCGCGGCAUUUUUGGGCCCUAUUUGAUUUAUGAGCUCGGCCGAUUCUACCUCUUCGGCAAGGCCGACGCCGUCGUGCCCCGGUGGUUGGCCUACUGCUGGAUGUUCAAGAUAUCGUUCGGGAUCUUCGGGAGCCUGAUGUGGGUCUACAAGCUCUGGGUUGGAUUGAUCAAAUUCUACGGCAACCGGGAUAAGAAGCCAGUCGAGGAAGAAACGAAGAAAGCUAUCUAAUCCUCGCCCCGCCAAUCUCCACUUCGUAGAUCUGCGGCGUCAAUUCCCCGGCGGUCGAGGACCUCGUCCAGUCGCGCGCUUUUCGCACCUCCGACCUCGAGAUUCUCCUCUGCCAUGCAUUCAAUUGGCCGGCGGCCUCGCUGCGAUUCUGCCAUCUUCACGGACGACCCCCGGCCGCAGACGUCCCCCCGCCCCGUGAACUCUAGGGUUAGUAGGUUCCCCAGAGCUCCGCGCUCUGUUUUCCACCGUAGGACGUUUUGUCUACCCUCCCGUAGGUGUCCCUCCUGGAUUUGUCGACGCCUGGUGCCUGUUCUGCUGCUGGCUUAGGUCCCGAAGCGCAUGGGGAACGAGACGAAGACGACGACGACGACUGCCCUGUGAGCACUGCCGAAUGUGUUGCGGAGAAUCGGAAGAAGGCCUUGCAGUGCAUAGCGUCGAUGCUCUUUCGUGGAAGCUGGUGAUGGGGAGUGAGUGUCGAGUCUCGGGAGGGCACUUUUCGCCAGUCGUCGAGAGAUUUUUGUACAGACAGACAGACCGACCUAGAUUUGGUUUGCUGGCACCGCGCAGUUGGGAAAUUUGUGAAAGAGAAUUGUUCAGUUUCCUGGACCUUGUUCGCAUGUCGUUGGUUGUCGUUGUCGUCAUUUAAGUGUGGUGUAGAAGAGCUCGACCCAGGCUCCCAGUGGCUCUCUCUCUCUCUUUCUCUAUCUCUCUCUCUCUCUUUUCUUCGUUUUUGCGAGGCUGAGCCCUCUGAACGUGGUGCGGGGGUGCUGCUGCUGCUGCUCUUGCCUGCCUGCCUGAGCACCUUCUCCUCUCAGUAGCUUCGUGAACGUACAUUUGUUGUCGGCUAGGAUGGAGCGAAAAUUUUAAUCAUGAUGGUUGACCUUCUCUUCUGUUGAC